AUGCCAUUCAGAAGAGCGGACACACGAGGCUACGGAUGUUGCCUGUACAUUACCGAAACUUUUCUAAUGCACCGGCCGUUGUUGAGCGUCCUGUUGCUGGUGAUAGUGUCUUGUAGUGGACGUCGUUGGCUCUCCCCACCCUUUCGUGUGGCUUUACGUCGGCCAGUAAGAGCGACGUCAAGUUGUGGACGUCCGGCUUCGCGGUACUGCUCGCCUCAAGACUUUACAUCACUGACUGGAGGAAGAGUUGCAUGUCGUCAGCUGUCGCUUUGUACAACCCAUAUUCCAGGAUUUGUGCAUACGCCGGAAAAGGUCGUGGACGGGCUGGGCUUCAGCUGGUGGCAGUCGGAAGUAGGUGUAAGCGACGUCUCUCUUGUCGUCAGUUUGCAGCGGACCAUCCAAGUGGCUCGCAUCCGCGUUGUAUUUAAAGUUCCGCCAGGCAGACAGUGGACGAUUCAACGCUCAAGAGACGGCGGCCGCUCGUUCACGCCGUGGCACCACUUUGUAGAAUCAAAGAGCGACUGUCGGUCACUGCAUGGCCUCCCAGUUGACGGAAUCGAUAGCGCCGCUAACGCCUCUUGUUCAGUCAGCCGCUCUUCAGCAGGGUUUCAGGUUGUUGUUGAUUUAUUGAAAGGCAGGCCAGGAGCGAAGUUUGAUCUAUCUCGGUCUGUUCAGGAUUUCAUAACUACAGAUGCUGUUAGACUAGAUUUACUUCAGUUUGGAGAACCAUUCCGUUUAGAUUCAUUGAGGAAGCAGGGCUACUAUGCUAUUAGGGAAAUUGAAGUAUUGGGUAGAUGUUGGUGUUGUGGACCAAGUCCUCCUGGUUCCACUGAGCCAUGCCAGUGCUGCAGAAACAGCUAUUAUCAGAAAACUAAUCCAUUAACAUCAGUUCCUACUCAGACUACUACAAGAGGAGAUUUUCGCAAAGGGUGCACCUGUAAUGAAGCUGGUUCUAUUCAAGUUUUGAAGCACAAGGUCCAAAAAUGUAGAAUUGGUGGUCAGGAGGUUGAGUCUCAAAAGUGUUUGUGCAAGAUCAAUGUGGUCGGUCGACAGUGUAAUCGUUGCAAGGCUGGCUACUAUCAUUUGGAGAAAGUAAACCCUAUUGGUUGUCAAGCAUGUGAUUGCAAUAUACUUGGAUCACCAUCAGACAAAUGCAACAGAGCUACUGGGCAGUGUAUCUGUCGCCAUGGGUACACUGGUCGAUCAUGUGAUCAGUGCAAGAAUGGAAAAACAUUAUUUCCAACAUGUCAUGGUUGUGGAAACUGUUCGGCCUAUUUGGUCAAGUCUUUACGUGGAUUUCGAAGACAUGUAGCAAAGGGGUUCAAGGUAGUAAAGGAUUAUAUUCCUCGUGUUUCCAAUGUCACUGUGGAAAAGACUCUGGAACUAGCAACUAAACAAAACAUUGUCUUGAGUCACCUGAACAUCUUGUUUGGCAAUAUCAGUGAACAAGCAGAAGCAGUGAUAAAUGCAACCUCUUUGUUUGAAUCAGAUGUCUUUGAUGUCAAAAGUUUAGUCAAUAUCUCUAUUGUGAAAUCAGAGCAUGUGAAGGUGUCAGUGAACAAAUCCUGGAAUGAUGCUGUUCAGCUCUUCCAUAGAGCCAGAGACAAGGCAAACAGAGUCACAGAUUUGAUUGCAAAGGUAAGAAAUCUAUCACAUACUUUGGAGGUGGCUGUCAAUGAAGAUAACUUAGUGAUCCUGAAAGAUGCAAGAAACUUGGUGAAUGGAAUCAACCAAGUGGACUUCACAGAACAGGAAUACAAUACAUUAGGGUGUCGAAAAUCAGUAAACCAGAUAGUGUUGCUUUUGGAAGUUGCUUGGAAAGAAUCCAGUGGGUUAUACAAAGCAGCAAACAACACACUAAAGGAGACAUGGCUUUAUAUAGACAUGCUGAAAGACAUUAUAGUCAAAGCAGAUAUUAUGAACAGGACAUUGGUCAGAAUAGGUCAGAAUUUUGAGAUGACAACAACACUGAACUCUUAUGCAGAGAAAAGAGUUGAGGUUUUUCCUGCUGCAGUACAGCAGGUGGAGUCAAAGCUAUUAGUUGUGGAAAUAGAAGUCGAAAAAGCUAAAACCACAUACAAAAGAGUUCAAAGUCAAUUGGAGGCACAUAGUGCUUAUAAGCUGAGGAACUCACUUGAGCAUGAUAUGAAUAACCUGAAACAGAGGCUUGAGAGAGACCCAGAGUUGACAGAUUCUGUAAACAGGAUGAAAAACUAUUCUUUGCAGUUCACAAGUGAUCUAGAAGCAAUGGAACAAUACUAUUAUGGUCUGAUUAAUGAGGAUCAUCCUGUUGCUGCGCUCUUUCAUUACACUCCCUUGAUUGUGUAUCAGGCUGAUUCAGCGUUGUCAUAUGGCAAAAUUGGUCAAUCUGCAGCAGCUGAAGGUAAAAGAAAAAGUAAGAAGAUAAAGAAUACAUCAGUUAAGAUGCAGAUUAAAGCAGAGGGACUUCUGGAACAAGCUCGUCGUUGGAAUGGCAAACUAAAAGAGAUCUAUGUUACGACGUUGGUGGUGCAAUAUGAUGUUCAGAGUAAAAUGAUGAUAGCUGAGGCAUGGGAAGUAGAAUUGAAUCAAGUCACCAUUCAGUUGGUAGAACUGAACAUAAAUGGCUCAAUUCGGUUGAGACACAUUUUACAAAAGUCACGGGAAAUAAAACAGCUGACACGCAAGCAAAAUCGCAAUGCCAUUGCCAUUGCUCACCAAGUUUCUGAUGCAGAAGUAAGAGCAAAAUCAUUGGAUCUAAUUGUUAGGAAUGUCAGAAGCCAGGAACAGAAAGCCCUGAUGCUGGUUGUUGGGGCUGCUGCCGGUCAGAAAGUGACAGAGACUAUUCUUUCAAGUAUUUCCAAUGCUCAGAAGCAUGUUGCCCACAGACUGAAUUCAUUUGAGCAGAGAUUUAAAAUCCUGAGACAGCAAAUUAAAUCAGCACUCAAGAUAUCUAAAAGAAGGUACAAGGAGGUGAGGACAAAACAGAAAAGACUGAGAAAGAGCAGAGACAAUCAACUGUAACCAUGAUUAUGAUGAUGCCCGAGUUUUGAACUUUAAAAUAUUCAUUGUUUUGUCCACUGCUGAAUUUACUGCAUUUGGCCUGGUCAUGCUUUCUGUAUAGUCAAGAAGAAUUGAUAUAGUUUUUCAUGUGGGACCAAAUUUUACUGCUGGAAAUUAGGUGUUUAUGUAGCUCUAUGAUGAGGUUUAUAUUAAUUAAUUAGCAAUUGACAUGUAUAGACACAAACAACCUCACUAUAGUAUAUGAAUGUGACUGCAAAUUGUUCACUUAACAAACAUUUGGUUUGAAUUCAUGGAUGACAGUA